UUGGAGGCCGCCGCUACGUCGUUGCACGAGCGUGCGUCCGCCGACGUCGGAGUCUACGUUGCGCUGCUUGGACAGCCCGUCGAACGAGCGGCGGCAAGCGAGCUCGAUCCCAAGGGAGCGCAGCAGAUAUCGGGCGCGUCGGGGCAAUUGUCCUUUUCGCUCGGCCUCACGGGUCCUUGCGUGACACUGGACACAGCCUGUUCGUCCUGGCUCGUCGCAGCGCACCUGGCCCGUGCCGCUGUGUUCCGAAGCGAGUGCUCUCUGGCGACGGCCGCCGGCGCCGGCAUCCUCGGAGCCGCGUGCAGUCGCUCGUUUUCCCUCCAGGGCAUGCUCUCGGAACGCGGUCGUUGCCACACCUACGACAGCCGGGCGGAUGGAUACUGCCGAGGUGAGGGGUGCGUUGUGGUCGUACUAUGA